GGACGCUAGCGCCGCCGCCGUUUCUGUUUCUCCACACUCCCCUUCGACCGUUCGACGGCGCUUCUCUAGCUUGCCUGCCCUCCUGAACAAAAGCGGCGCGAGGGUUUUCUAGGGUUUAGUGGUCCGGUGCUGUAUUCUCAGGUAGCCGCCGCCUCCCCUCCCAGCUUGUUGUUCCUCUCCGCGUCGGCGGCUUGCAUCGGAGCGGAGGGAGAAGAUGGUGGCGGCGAUCAGGGUGCCCAAGACCCAACGCGCUAGGCGGGAGCUCCUCAAGCAUGCGCCCAAGCUUGUUGAGACCAGCAAGAAGACACUGAUCCUCCAUGGUACCAAGACUAGUGCUGUGUUGAACUCUGUGCUGUCAGAUAUUUACCACCUAAAGCGUGAUAAUGCUGUGAAAUAUACCAAGAAGAAUGAUAACAUUAGGCCUUUUGAAAGUGGUGGAGAAUCUUCUCUGGAAUUUUUCUCCCUCAAGACAGACUGUAGCCUUAUAGUGUAUGGUUCUCAUUCAAAGAAGAGGCCCAACAAUCUGAUUUUGGGAAGAACGUAUGACCACCACAUAUAUGACCUUGUUGAAGUAGGAGUUGAGAACUACAAGUCGAUGGAAUCUUAUGUUUAUGAUAAGAAGCUAGCACCGAAACUUGGAUCGAAGCCUUUCUUUGCUUUCAUAGGGGAACACUUUGAGAGUGCUGAAGAGCUGAAACAUUUGAAAGAAGUGCUGCUUGAUCUAUUCAAAGGAGAGGUUGUAGAGAAUCUAAACCUUGCUGGUGUGGAUCGGAUCUAUGUGUGCACUGCAAUAUCUCCUACUACUGUCUACAUAAUGCACUGUGCUCUCCGCCUAAAAAGGUCAGGUACAUCUAUUCCUAGGAUGGAGCUGGUCGAAGUUGGACCUUCAAUGGAUCUGGUUGUAAGGAGGCACAGACUUCCAGUUGAAAGCUUAAAGAAAGAAGCUAUGAAGACUGCUGAACAUGCUAAGAAGAUGAAAAAUGUCACUAAGGAUCCAGUGAAGGGCAAGCUGGGCAAGGUCUACAUGCCAGACCAGCAGGUUGGAAAGUUGACCUUAUCAAACGACGUAAAGGGUCUAAAGAGGGAGCGCCGCGAAGCCAAGAAAAACAACGAGGACUCGAAGAAGCAAAAGGUCAACCCUGAGUAAAGAUCGCUGAAGUUUACCUUUGUCUUGGAUACAAACCAGAUUAAGAAACCCUGGUUGUAACUGUUCCCAACUGCUGCGUUAUCCAAGUGGAAGCCGCUUGCUGUCAGAUUAUGUGGUAAAUAGUUUAGUGCCAUCUUCUUAGGCUAUUUGUACGACUUACACAACAGUUUUUGUGUACCAAUUCAUGUUAAGACAUAAGCAUGGAAAUUUUGAGAAUGUUAUCCUACAGUACACUUGCUAGUCCUGAUGUCACUGGUCCAUGAUGGAUGUGCUUUGCCCUCACGAAUUGGAUGGCAUUUCUAUGAUUCUGUCAAUGUGGUUCAAGCUGUUAACAAAUUCACAGUUGCUAUUGA